AUGAGUACAUCCAAACUUCGGGGAAAAUCGGCAAUACAUAUUAACGAUAGUGUAAUUAGUACCAAUUCCAAUAACUCACAUAACACUUUGCUCAAAAUUGAAUCUGUUGUGCCAAAGCUAACCAAUCGCAUCAAUAACACUACAAACUCGAACCAUUCGAGUAGGCUAAAAACGUUUCAUCGAUCACACAGUACACUAAGCUCAAGCUAUCUGAAAAAAGUCAACGAAAAACGACCUGUCGCACCGCGUGAAACAGUAGGCGAUAAAACAGGUGAAUCAGUGAGGGACCAACCACUUUGCAACCACAACGAACCACAACCGGACGGAUCGAUCGUGAUACACAAUGGAAUUACGACGAUUAAGCGUUCCGAAAAAGAUCGCGAAAAGCAUCCCGAUCGUGUUAAUCUGGAUCGAAAGGGCCUCGGUUCGAUUCCUAUCAUCGAUGACGAGCCAAAUCUACGGUUACUUUCGCUACAGCACAACCUCAUCAACACAUUCCACUUACCUGCCGAAACGGACUCGAACAACAACGAAUCAAAACAGUCACUUCAAUGCCACGCGUCGAGUACUCAAAAUUCGACCAAACCCUCACCUACACGGCCUCCGAACAAUUCAACCAAUGUCACCCAUACGGCGGCGAAAGAUGGUUCCACAGCUGCACCCACUGCUGUCUCCGCUGUCGUCAAUAACUCCUACGCAAUAGGCCGGAAUGCCAAACAGUUCCUGCGUCAGAAAUCCAUUUCCCGGAAUCAGUUGUUCUUGAACAACAACCAUAUCAACUAUCUAGCAAAUAAAGUUACCUUAGGCGCCAAGCCACUCAAUGGCCUGGCCAACGUCAGUAUCGGUCAAUCUCCAACAAGUGCCACAAGUCCGACCAGCACGUUCCUCCAAAAGCCUCCAGCGUCAAUCCUUCUGAGUGCUAAAAACCGACACAUACUGAAAAAAUCCAACAGCUUUAUCAGUAAUGCAGCUUUGUUCCCUGCCACACCAGCACACCAACAGCCGACCAACAACAACACCCUCAAACUGAAAAAUAAACUACUACGAACUCCUUCGUUCAGCAUCGACAACCUUUGCAACGUAGGCGAAACACACACAGUUACACACGAAAGUAACAGCACCGGAAACAGCGGCAAAUCAACUCCAACAAACACGGUGGCCAACUUGAUCAAUCCUUUCGUCAACCCCCAAAACCACAUCUCUCCGAUACUGUCGGCUGCCGAGCCCCGCUACAAUCUGCAAAAUCUCGUAUUCCUAGAUCUGUACGAUAACCAAAUUGAAAAAAUCUCCUGCCUUGAUGGUUUGAAGUGUCUAACGGUACUGCUGUUGGGUAAAAACCGCAUUACUGACAUCACGGGAUUAGUCUCACUGCGUCAGACGUUGCGGGUUCUCGAUCUCCAUGGUAACAAAAUAUCCAACAUUACGUCCAAGGUCAACCAGCUGCAGGAGCUCAAAUCGCUGAAUUUGGCCGGGAAUCAGUUGCGACAGAUCUACGCUCAGGAUUUUAGCGGUUUGGUCAAUUUGAAGGAACUAAAUUUGAAACGAAAUCGAAUCAAGAAAAUGCACGGAUUUGACGAUUUGCGAAAUCUGGAACGACUGUGGUUGUGUCACAAUGACCUACAGUGCGUCGAGGACAUGUCUGCGAUCGCCAAAGCUAUCAACUUGAAAGAGGUUACCAUUGAGAAUAAUCCCGUAUCGCUGGCAGGCGACUGCGUUUCGUUUCUGGUCAGUUAUCUGCCCGGACUGGUGUCGCUCAGUCAAAUGCAGAUCACCGAACAAGUCCGCCGAGCUGCUUCCGCUUGGCGCAAGAACAAGGAACUGUCCGAUCUGAACUACACCAACCUCACCACCGACGUCUGCCAGAGCAUACGACGAGAGGAGAUAAUUUCCAACGCUAGAACAAACUGGGAAUUGCUGAGGUCACAACAGACAAUCGCAUGCCGAAAUGUUCAGCGCACAACGAACAAUAGCAGUGUUCAAAUCAACAAAACCAUUACUGUCGAAUCGAAUGGUAAACCGGUAGAUGCAGUUAAAACUAAAGGUAAACAUAAGAAAACUUCUAGCCAUGUGAAUGGCAUUGGUGCCACGAACAACCAACGACCAUCUCGACCGGUUAAAAAACCUCCAAACCGGAAACUCGUACGAUCAUCAUCCCAAGAUAACUCCGGAUCACAAAUUUCAGAACAGGGCGGCGAAGACUACUUUAGACUUCCACCCAUUCUGGCACCAUUUAUCGAUCAGAACCCGAACACUGCUGCCUCGGAUAACAAAAUAGAGUCAUCCGAGUCCAGUACAUGUCAACAGCUAGACUCCAGUGUUUCCAGUGCCUUCAGUUCCGACAACGAAGAGUUGAACGUAAAUGAACUCGAAAACGAUGCGGAGAAAGAAAUCCUGCUAACGUCAACACCAGUGAAAUUAUUCCCUUCUCCACUGAUGAAAAUUCCCAUCGGUGAUGAUAUAAAAAUUGACGAUAAUCCUUCGGAAGUGACCAACUCUGGACAUCCUACGAACGCCAUUCAUCCUGAUGAACCAAACAACGACAAACACUCUACACUUUCCACCAUUUCUAUCAAAACAGCAUCCGAUUCAAAUGUUACCACAUCUUCAAACUCGAAUGAUGAUCGAAUAGCUUCGACACAGAAAAUGAGGACCACCGUACCUGUCAAAAGAUACGGCAUCGGUACCUUAGUACGAACAAAUACAGCACGCAGUUCAAUCAUGAAUAAUACCAACAGUUUGGCGAACUCAUCCAACCUAGCGAACCCGAGCAUCCCAACGCCAAUCUCUUCCACUGCCGGGCCGAGUGUUUCCGGGAAUGCCAUCACUAACAGUACCUACGUGCCACCCGCCAAAUCCAAAGUGACGGAGCGAGAAAGAGAGCAAGGUGGGGACUAUCUCAUCGAAAUCUGUGGACGCUACUUGAACGUCUACGGGAUGGGUGCUUUGCGGUUCAUCGAUAAACAAUGGAACAUGUCCAAGGCCAGCGAUGUCCACACGGUCAAGUUCAGUUACAUCAACUUCAAUAACAUCACUGCGGUUCUCUGCCGAAUCAAAAUACGCUUCGUGAAUGCAGAGAACUUCAUCUUUCGUGAGACGAACAUUACUUGUCUGGGUCAGAUCAACGCACUUGCCGAAAGUCAAGGGAUCGCUUCGUUGACCAUCGACCCAGAGGGUAAUCCGAUAGCGACCAAGAACUGGCAUAGCUAUGCAAUCUACCGACUCUCGCACUGGGGUCUCAAACAAAUCAACGGAACGGAGAUAACCGAAGAAGAAGUUCGUAGCGCUGAAAACAUGUAUUCCGGUCUCUCCGAUCUAGUUCUUUGGUCACUACCGGAGGGACUGUUGCAGCCACUUCUACAGCGGCUGCGAUUGGAGGAAACUGCUCAUGCUACCAAAAUGACCGCCAAGGAAUGGUUGAUGCAAGCUGAUUCAUCCUUGAAGAACAUCGUCGGCAAGGAAGCACUUCAAUGGAAGAAACACCACAGCACCGGCCAGGAUGAUACGGUAAUGCGUUCCAAAGGCAAAGCCUACUUUGCGCGGAUGCUCGACAACACCUGCAAUGCCGUCGACAAACUGCAGCAACUGGAAAGCAUGUGGCCAACCCUGCUGGUGGAAAUGAUACGUGGCACUUUGAUUGACUAUUCACAGAUCGACGUCUACGUACGAAGCAUGCUACAGGAUUUACUUAAAUGACUCGCUUUGAUUAUACCUAACUUAUUUGA